CCUCUAAGCCCUCCCUCCGAGCACCCGGGCGCCAGUCCCAGGGGGAGGGGACGGGCUGGGGACCCCAAAGCUGGGACCGGAGGGCCCGCCACCUGCGUGGGGGAGCCCAGCACAGACCGCCGCCGGGACCCCGAGUCGCGCUUCCCAGCCCCGCCGCCCACCCCGCGCGCCAUGGACCCCAAGGACCGCAAGAAGAUCCAGUUCUCGGUGCCCGCGCCCCCUAGCCAGCUCGACCCCCGCCAGGUGGAGAUGAUCCGGCGCAGGAGACCAACGCCUGCCAUGCUGUUCCGGCUCUCAGAGCACUCCUCGCCAGAGGAGGAAGCCUCCCCCCACCAGAGAGCCUCAGGAGAGGGGCACCAUCUCAAGUCGAAGAGACCCAACCCCUGUGCCUACACACCACCUUCGCUGAAAGCUGUGCAGCGCAUUGCUGAGUCUCACCUACAGUCUAUCAGCAAUUUGAAUGAGAACCAGGCCUCAGAGGAGGAGGAUGAGCUGGGGGAGCUUCGGGAGCUGGGUUAUCCAAGAGAGGAAGAUGAGGAGGAAGAGGAGGAGGAUGAAGAAGAGGAGGAAGAAGAGGACAGCCAGGCUGAAGUCCUGAAGGUCAUCAGGCAGUCUGCUGGGCAAAAGACAACCUGUGGCCAGGGUCUGGAGGGGCCCUGGGAGCGCCCACCCCCUCUGGAUGAGCCCGAGAGAGAUGGAAGCUCUGAGGACCAAGUGGAAGACCCAGCUCUAAGUGAGCCUGGGGAGGAACCUCAGCACCCUUCCCCCUCUGAGCCUGGCACAUAAGCACCCAGCCUGCAUCUCCCAGGAGGAAGUGGAGGGGACAUCGCUGUUCCCCAGAAACCCACUCUGUCCUCACCCUGUUUUGUGCCCUUUCCCUCGCCUGCUAGGGCUGCGGCUUCUGACUUCUAGAAGACUAAGGCUGGUCUGUGUUUGCUUGUUUGCCCACCUUUGGCUGAUGCCCAGGGAUCCUGGGCACUUGCUGCCUGAUGCCUACCCCUGCCAGUCAUUCCUCCACUCACCCAGUGGGAGGUGGGAUGUGAGACAGCGCGCACUGGAAAAUCCAGAAAACCGGGAACAGGGAUUUGCCCUUCACAAUUCUCCCCAGAUCCUCUCCCCUGGACACCGGAGACCCACAGGGCAGGACCCUAAGAUCUGGGGAAAGGAGGUCCUGAGAACCUUGAGGUACCCUUAGAUCCUUUCCCAUCCACUCUCCUAUGGAGGAUUCCAAGUCACCAUUUCUCUCACCGGCUUCUACCAGGGUCCAGGACUAAGGCGUUUUUCUCCACAGCCUCAACAUUUUGGGAGUCUUCCCUUAAUCACCUUGCUCCUCUUGGGUGCCUGGAAGAUGGACUGGCCGAGACUUCUUUGUUGCGUUUUGUGCUUUGAUGCCAGGAAUGCCGCCUAGUAUAUAUCCCCAGUGGGGCACAUGGUAGGGGGCGCCAGGUUUUCCUUGUCCCCCAGUUGCUCUGCCCCCUUCCCCUUUUUCCCUGACUCCAGGCUUGAACCCCUCCCGUGCUGUAAUAAAUCUUUGUAAAUAAC